AUGUUAAAUAAAAAGCAUAUAAUAAUAUUGGCAUUUAUAAUAGUAACAAUUAUUUGCUAUCAAUUUGCAAUCACCAGACCAUAUACACCAGGAUCAUUAACUAAUACAAGUGGAACAUCCUUCGGAAAUAAUAAUUUAGAUAUUUCGGAACUAUUAAGAUUACAAAAAGAUUUGAAAGCACAACAAAAUGAAAUUAGAAAGCAAUUAGAAUCAUUAAAAUUCUCUGUAGAUAAUGCCGAAAUAAAUGGUGGAGCAAUGUGCGAAUUAGAUAACAAUGAAGAAAGACCAAGAAAACAAAAAUCUCCAAUACCCAAACCAACAUUCGAAUCAGACCCAGAUCUUUUAUAUCAAAUGCAAUUAGAUGAAAGAUUAAAGAAAACAUAUAAAGACCAACCAAACACAUGUAUCCCAUCCGAUGGUAAAUUACUUUGCCUCCCAAAUUUUAUUGUUAUUGGAACAAUGAAAUCAGGUACAACCUUUUUAGAUUUCUAUUUACAAAAGCAUCCACAAAUUGCACAUCACAACAAAAAAGAAAUUUGGUAUUUCAACAGUUACUAUGCCAAUGGUAUCAAAUGGUAUGCUGACCACUUUGAACAAUACAAUUCAUUAGAGAAUCAAAAAUUAAUCGGUGAAGCCACUCCAUUUUAUAUUAAUAACCCAAAUACUGCACCACGUAUGUACGCAACCUUAAAGAACGCAAAACUCAUUCUUUUACUUAGAGAUCCAGUUGAGCGUGCUCUUUCACAAUAUCACUUUUCACUCCAAUGGCUUAAAAGAAAUAAACAACCAGCACUUCAAUAUUCAUUCGAACAUUUAAUCGCUGAGGAAGCUGAUGUCAUUGAAACAUGCGUACGUGGCCACGAAAGAUAUAGAGAAGCCUUUGCUGAAAGAAAAUUGGCCGAAGAAAGAGGUGAAGUUGAUCCAGAUUCAACUUUCGAUUUAAUUGACCCAUAUUAUCAAUAUCAUAGCGAAAAGAAUUGGACUUUUUAUAAAGAUUGUGUCAAAUGUGAUAAAUGUUUCCAAAAUGGUAUUUUACAUACAUCAGGUCACCCAACUUUUGGUAUGUUAGCAAAAUCACUUUACUAUGAACAAAUUGAUUUUUGGUUAGAUUAUUUCCCAUUAUCUCAAAUUCAUAUUAUUAGAUACGAAGAUAUUUCACAUUAUCCAGAAAAAGUAUUAAGCGAAGUUGAAGACUAUUUAGGUAUUACUCAUAAUGAUUAUGGUGAAUUUAAACCAAAGAAUGUCGUACCACACGAUAAAAUGGGUGAAGAAACAAGAAGCUUUUUAGUUGAUUACUUUAGAGAAUCAAAUAAAAAACUUUAUAAAUUAUUAAAUAGAGAUUUCAACUGGCAAUCAGAAUAA